AUCAUAAUUCACCAGGCGCCCGCUUGCCAUUCCCGUUGCACAUUCCUGUUAUCUCUAUCACUAUUGCCUAGUUGUGCUAGCGACGGCUGACCUUACCCAUCGCUCUCUGCACGCAGGCACGCGCACAGGCACGCCGUAGAGCUGAUCGUCAAACAGGAUUGUCUUGAGCGUGCCUGGUUAUUCCCUAGCUGGGUGAUUAUUACCCCAAAGACGACUUGUACUGAUGAUCCAUGCUGCGUCUUUCCCGUGUACUACUCGUCCGCUAGACAAGAGCAUGAGGUCGGUCACGUUCGAGCUGUUGGACCAUUGCCGAUGAUAUCAGCGGCAGUGUGCGCUAGGAACGGCAAAUACGGACCCAGGAGGAUUGGUCGGUGUGGUGUAAGCUAACCAACCGGACUCACAUUCCAGCACUGUAGAGCCCGUACGGAUAGCGUGGGUGGUCUGCGAGAUAAUGGAUCUGCUACACACCAAAGUACUGAAGAAACUGCACAGCUCCCUGUUAGUUAGCCUAUCCGUGGACACAGAUCUGCUGGCGAGGCUGAUUAGCGAGGAAAUCAUCGAUGAGGAAGACAAGAAGAGAAUUCAGCGCACCGAAGCCGGGCAGGAGCGAGAUAGACGAGGCAAGGCCGAAGAACUGCUUCGCCUACUGCCCUGCUGUGGCAGUACAGCAUUUGAUGUGUUCUAUCUAUCAUUGGCCGAGUCACAUGUCAGAUGCAAUCAGGAACUGGCAGACAAGCUGGACAAAUCUAAAGAAGGCAUUGCCGCUAUUCCUCCGCUCCAUAGCUCUAUAUCCAAUCCAACCAGCUCAUUCAGUAGCAGGCGUAACGCAUCGCGUCGCCUGUCGCGCUCCGCCGACUCGGGUCGGGGUAUAGCGGAAUCAAGUGAAGGCAUUGACGCCCACUAUCGGUACAGGCAACUGUCCAGAUCGCCCACCUGUACGCCUCCUUCAUCGGCGUACCCAUUCUCCGGCUCUACGGAUUCCCUCGGCAUGCCCCAUCGACCGAAUCAGUGCACUUCCCCUGGGCGCAAGUCACCCUGGCCACCCAACGAUCGAACUUUCGACGAGCAACUGGACCACAUGACUUCUAUCAUGCAGGGGCUCAGCGCUCCAGAACGUGUUCAGCUGCUGCAGAUCGGCCGGCAGAUGUCCGCCGCUCGCGGUGCCAGCGACGUCGAGAGUGAGGCGACGACCGAUGCACGCAGCUUCGACGUUCCAGUGCGGCGGCGCGAACGCAAAGCCAGCAACCCCGGCGCGCAGACGCGUCGCUACAGCGAGCCACAGAGCCAGCUGCAUGGCGUGGACAAACACGGCUCAGCGGCUCGGCCCAUACCAACAACAAGCAACGACCAGGUUGUAGCAAGGAAGAUCAGCCGAGGUCUUACACACCAGAGGUCAGGAUCACAGCUAAAACAUUCUUCCACGGAUCAACAUGGACAUGGUGACGUGUUCAGGGAUCCAUGCCCUUCACUGCAAAAAGAGAUUGAUGACAUUGUGUCUAUCCUGGACAAUCAGGCAAAUGCUCAGAACAAGACGGUUAGGACAGUUGGUAUUGGCAGCAGCAAGGAUAGGGGCAUGCAAGAGGAACCACUCAAGCGGGUCAUGCUAGAAGCCACGUGUAUUGUGGCCAUAGAUGAGGACUUUCAGAAGGAUGCAGAAGGUGACGCCUCCUCUUUGGUGGCCGGCUAUUUGCGUGAGCGCGGUAUCAUCGACGCCCAGUCCAAUGUGAAGUGUUUGCCUGACACGGCAUCCACGCUGACAAUGACGCUUUCUGAUCAACCCUUUCCCAAGCCCGGCACAACAGAUGAGUGCACUAUGCUAGUUCAAGUGACUGUGGAGGCGAACAUGGACGACCACUACUACCGUGUGGCACAAAACGCCAUCGUACGGUGCCUGAAGAGCUAUCUUAACACACAGCACGUGUACGUACGCUCUGCUGUUCGGGGCAGCACUGUGUUGCUGCUGGAAAUGUGCGCCACGGCACUGUGUGAUCUAUACCGGCUGGCUUUGACGGUGCCGGCACUGUUGAUCGGGAUCGGCUUCUCAGAGAUGGUGGGACUGGGGCGGUCGACUGUGAUUCGAUUCCACUGGCCAACCUCAUCGCCGGCUCUUUCUCCCACGGACAUGCAUUCGGAGAGGUUGAGAACCGCCAGCCUAGUGGGGAGAUUCCCGGAUCUCGACGAGGACGAUCGUGCCCGCAUCCUCGAGCAAGUCACCUACCCACUCGCGCUAGCACUCUGUGCCAAGCUAUCACUGGCGGAGGUCAUUGAUUGCGCAAUGUUGCGCAAUGUGGCAGAGAAGUGUCUGCCGUGCGACCCGCAACACGCUGCUCUGGUGUCCAGACAUCGCGUGAAGCCACACGUCAUGUACACCAAGACAUUCACCAAGGACAGUAGUCGCGUUGGCCACCUGAGACGCAACGCCGUCUCGUCAUCUAUUAACAUGAUGAGGCCUCACUCCGCUCCGUCUUCCCCUCCUACCUCACGACAGAGAAAGCACGCGUUCUCUGUCUCCGCUGCAGAGGAAUGCCAGCAAAUCCGGCGAGCAGCUGUAGCCAAGGCAGCCGGUCAGGCACAGAGGAAGCGGUCCAAGACUGUGUCCAGUGCAGCUCUGGACAAGUAGACUUAGUAAAUAUAAACUAGUCAGCGCGGCUGUGGCCAUGUUUCCACAAAUGCUUGCACCGGUCAAUAACUUAAACGUCUUUGGCUGCUGUUCAGCAACUCGUUUGGCAAAAUUCUAUGUACAUAUACAUCAGUACCCCCCCCCCCCCCCCUGGACACACACUGAAAUAGCGUAGCGUGUAUUGAUGAUGACAUCACUGAUUUUUUCCUGAACCCCACAGCAUAUGCACGUUUUCAGAUCAAGAAGGGUUUACUGAGGCCAAUAAUUGCAUGAGUUUAAUCAGUUUAUUGUUUGUGAAUAUAAUGUAACGUUAUGUCGCGUUAAUGCAUAAAUCACUUCAAUGGCAUUGCACAACCAGCAUACUGUACCCAAUAAGGCAUCUUGAUUUUGCUACCA